AUGCGAUUCUCUUUUUUCUCUCUCUUUUCUCUUUUUCUCACUUUCUCAUUCCUCUGUCUCUCACCCCACAUCUUUCUUUCCCUAUUUUCCUCAAUCUUUUCUCUAAAUACGAUCCACUCUUUUUCUCUUUCUCUUUUACUCUCUUUUCUCACUUUCUCAUUCCUCUGUCUCUCACCCCAUCUUUCUUUCUAUUUCCUCCCAUCUUUCUCUAAAUGCGAUCCUCUUUUUCUCUUUCUCUUUUUACUCUCUUUUCUCACUUUUUUCUCAUUCCUCUGUCUCUUUUUCUUUCCUAUUUCUUUUCCUUUCUCUAAAUCCGAUCCCUCCUUUUCUCUUUCUCUUUUUACUCUCUUUUUCUCCUCAUUCCUCUGUCUCACCCACAUCUUUCUUUCCCUAUUUCCUCCAUUUUCUCUAAAUGCAUCCACUCUUUUUUCUUUUCUCUUUUACUCUCUUUUUCUCCUUUCUCAUUCCUCUGUCUCUCCCCCAUCUUUCUUUCCCUAUUUCCUCCAUCUUUCUCUAAAUACGAUCCCUCUUUUUUCUUUCUUUUUCUUUUCCUCUUUUUCUCACUUUCUCAUUCCUCUGUCUCUCCACCCAUCUUUCUUUCCCUAUUUCCUUCCUCUUUCUCUAAAUACGAUCCUCUUUUCUCUUUCUCUUUUCUCUUUUUCUCCUUUCUCAUUCUUUUCUCUCACCCCAUCUUUCUUUUUUCUCCUCCCUCUUUCUCUAAAUCGAUCCCCUUUUUUCUUUCUCUUUUACUCUCUUUUUUCACUUUCUCAUUCCUCUGUCUCUCACCCACAUCUUUUCUAUUCCCUCCUCUUUUCUCUUUUCUCUUUCUCUUUUACUCUCUUUUCUCACUUUCUCAUUCCUCUGUCUCUCACCCCAUCUUUCUUUCCCUUUUUCCUCCAUCUUUCUCUAAAUGCGAUCCAAUCUUUUCUCUUUUCUCUUUUACUCUCUUUUCUCACUUUCUCAUUCCUCUGUCUCUCACCCAUCUUUCUUUCCCUAUUUCCUCCAUCUUUCUCUAAAUGCAUCAAUCUUUUCUCUUUCUCUUUUACACUCUUUUUCUCACUUUCUCAUUCCUCUGUCUCUCACCCAUCUCUUUCUUUCCUAUUUCCUCCAAUCUUUUCUAAAUGCGAUCCACUUUUUUUCUUUCUCUUUUACCUCUUUCUCACUUUUUCUCAUUCCUCUGUCUCUCCCCACUCUUUCUUUCCCUAUUUCCUCCCUCUUUCUCUAAAUACGAUCCUCUUUUCUCUUUCUUUUUACACUCUUUUUUCUCACUUUCUCAUUCCUCUGUCUCUCACCCAUCUUUCUUUCCCUAUUUCCUCCUCUUUCUCUAAAUACGAUCCACUCUUUUCUCUUUCUCUUUUACCCAUCUUUCUCUUUUCUCACUUUCUCAUUCCUCUGUCUCUCACCCACUUUCUUUUUCCCCUAUUUCCUCCCUCUUUCUCUAAAUGCGAUCCACUCUUUUUCUCUUUCUCUUUUACACUCUUUUUCUCACUUUCUCAUUCCUCUGUCUCUCACCCACAUCUUUCUUUCCCUAUUUCCUCCCUCUUUCUCUAA